UUCUUUGCCGUUUCAGACUGUUUCUUUUUUUCUAAGUUUUCUAUGGAGUUUUCAACCUUAUUGUGCUGUUGACUAGGCUCCUUUUUUUUGUUUUCUCAUUUCGCCUUACCUUUUGUACAUCUGGGUUUUCUCAGAACUCCCUCUUUGAAAGUCUAGAGCUUUGAUCUGUUCUUCUUAUUUUUCUCUAUCAGGUUGGGAUCUUCACCCUUCUUUUUCAUUUUCUCAUCUGGGUUGCUCUCAUUUCCUAAUUUUCCCAGUCAAAAUCUCACUUUUUUCUCUGUAUCUCUAACUUUUCUCAUCUGGGUUCCCUUAAAAGUCUCUUCUUUCAGAUUUUUUCAUUGAGUUUUAACGAGAAAUGGGGUGUUGCUUAACCAAAAGUAGAGACUCAAAGCCUCAACGUAAUGGAUAUGGUUAUAGAUCAGAGGCAAAUCCUGUAGGUCAUCGCCAGGUUAAGCCUCCACCGCCUCAACAAGCCCAGGUUAAGACUUAUCCGGCUCAGCAAGCUCAUCAAUUACCUGAGAAACCUGGCCACAAUGGAGCUUCAUCGCCAUACAAGCCAGUUGUUCCAAGUUCAAGUCCACAUCCAAUUCACCCUCAUAGGGCUAACACAAUUCUUGAUAAACCUUUUGAAGAUGUGAGGGCACAUUACUCUAUCGGUAAGGAACUUGGUAGGGGUCAAUUUGGUGUAACUUAUUUGUGUACUGAGCAUUCAACUGGGAAACAGUUUGCUUGCAAGUCUAUUUCUAAGAGAAAACUUAUCAAUAAAAAUGAUAUGGAUGAUAUUAAAAGAGAAAUUCAGAUACUGCAACACUUGAGUGGUCAGCCUAAUAUUGUUGAGUUUAAGGGUGCCUAUGAGGACAAGCAAUCUGUGCAUCUUGUUAUGGAGUUGUGUGCUGGCGGUGAGCUUUUUGAUAGGAUUAUUGCUAAGGGGCAUUACAGUGAGAGAGCUGCAGCUUCAAUAUGUAGAAGUAUAGUGAAUGUGGUGCAUAUUUGUCAUUUUAUGGGGGUGAUGCAUAGAGACCUUAAGCCUGAGAAUUUCUUGUUGUCUAGCAAGGAUGAAAAUGCUCUUUUGAAGGCCACAGAUUUUGGAUUGUCAGUUUUCAUUGAAGAGGGAAAGGUUUAUCGAGAUAUAGUAGGAAGUGCUUACUAUGUUGCCCCUGAAGUUCUACGUCGGAGAUAUGGGAAAGAAGCAGAUGUUUGGAGUGCUGGAGUUAUGUUGUACAUUUUGCUCAGUGGUGUCCCUCCAUUUUGGGCAGAAACAGAGAAGGGGAUCUUUGAUGCUAUAUUGCAAGGCGAAAUUGACUUUGAAAGUAAACCAUGGCCAAAUAUAUCAAGCAGUGCUAAGGACUUGGUACGUAGGAUGCUUACAGCAGACCCAAAAAAGCGGAUUACUUCUGCUGAAGUUCUAGAGCACCCAUGGAUUAGAGAAGGUGGAAAUGCAUCAGACAAGCCGAUAGAUAGUGCAGUCCUUUCUAGGAUGAAGCAAUUCAGGGCAAUGAACAAACUAAAGAAGCUUGCUCUGAAGGUCAUUGCGGAAAAUCUUUCUAAUGAUGAGAUCCAAGGGUUCAAGUCAAUGUUUAAAAAUUUGGACACUGACAACAGUGGCACAAUUACGUACGAUGAAUUGAAGGAAGGAUUAGCUCGACUUGGGUCAAAGCUAACUGAAGAUGAAGUCAAGCAGCUCAUGGAAGCCGUGAGUAUUUAUUACCCUCUUCAGCUUUUGGAUCUUUGUUUGCUUUUGUGUUCUUCUCAACUUGUAUUCUUCACUGCUUUACAGGCUGAUGUGGAUGGAGAUGGGACAAUCGACUACAUUGAAUUUAUCACUGCCACAAUGCACAGACACCGGCUAGAAAGAGAUGAACAUCUUUACAAAGCUUUUCAGCAUUUUGAUAAGGAUAACAGUGGGUUUAUAACGGUAGACGAAUUAGAAUCAGCCAUGAAAGAGUAUGGAAUGGGGGAUGAUGCCACAAUCAAAGAAAUUAUUUCAGAAGUUGACACAGAUAAUGAUGGUAGGAUAAACUAUGACGAAUUUGUUGCAAUGAUGAGAAGCGGAACCACCCAACCGAAUGUCAAACUUUUCUAAAUCAAUGCAUGGUAUUUCCUUUAAAACCCAAAAGUUGUAAAAAAAAAGAAAAAAACAUCUGGGACAUAAAUUACUUGAAGCCAUUCACAGGAAGUUCAUUUGCUUUUUAGACACCUGUAUGAUAUCUUCAGAUUUGUAAAAUAUGAGGCCUUACCGUCUGCUUGUUUUUGCUUUAUUCAGUGCAAGUUUUGUGGGGAACCAGUUAUGAUCAUCUCCAUUUGUUCAUGUCUUCCUCUGUUCUUUUCCAAGGCAUACACUGAUAUUUGAGAUGAAAUUUGCUUUAUGCAAAGUUUGCUUGUAAUUAUCAGUUCUUCUUCCUAUGCUUAGUGAUCUCCACAAUCCUGUAAGAUUCAUAGCAACAGUUACAGCAUGUUAUAUUGAAUUUGGAAAAAAAAGUGUAUCGAAUUCUCCCAUUUUAAGGAUUGGUCUCAAAACCCUUUCCCAUCUUUGCAUAGCAUAAAUAAUAGUCGGUCUCAAAACCCUUUCCCA